AUCCCUGCAGUGAACCACCUCGGGUAACAUUUGCCCACGGAAGGCGAAGUUGAAUGAAAACUUACAAGACACUGGGUUAGAUACUCACCCCCUUUGUUCAGAUAGAAUACGUGCUUGGAGUAGGAUGCAAGCUUAUGGUCUCAAAGAUAAGUUUGAACUUAUUUCACAGAUGAGAUUGAUUCAAAAGUAUGCAAAUGUGUAUUGUUUAUUCACAAUAGUACAUCGUGUGUUUCAUAUCUUUGUAACGUGGUUCGACCCAAAGGUGAGAUAUACUUAAAAGUAACCAAGUCUACAAAUACCAGGUAGGCCUUUUCACAAACAUUUUUGUAGAUCUAGAAGGUAAUGAAAUGAUCAGAAAUUUUCAUUUUCUACUCAAACAAAUAAAUUGUUUGGUCUGACUGUUAAAAGACGCUUUAAUUUCACAGCAAAAGUAAUAGAUAUAUUGAGAGGUUCUAAAAAUAAUUUUUUGUGAUAUUGGUCAAAAUUUUUUUGCAUUCUUUAUAGGUAUUCAGUCACUCUCGCGUGAUAUUUUUGGACAAGACAAGAGAUAAAUAUUUGGAGCCAAAACUUCAGUUGAAGAUCGACACGCAUUCGCCAUGGGUUACGUGAAACAAAGAACGCCGCACCGAAUGUAUCUAUUGGUUUUUAUUUUAGCAUUUGUAUUUUCUCUAUUUUCGGUUGUUUACGUUCAUUACUAUACUUUGGUUGUGCCGCUGAAACGAGGAAGUCCAUCAUUUGUCAUCAAACAAGAUGUAGAUGCCUCGCGCAGCUACACAAGUGCAGCCAGCAGUGCAAGUCUCAUGCAUUCCGUAGCAAACAAGAAGGAAAGUUUUCAGCGCAACACAGAUGAUCUAUCAUAUUCAGGGAAAUCCAUUCCUCUGAUGGACUUCAAGGACUUACAAAAGAGAAAAAAACGAUUGCUUUUAUUGGUUACUGUUGGCAGUGCACCACAAAGAUUCGACAGGAGGCAGGCAAUAAGAGAUACAUGGUGGAAAUUUUGUUACGAGAAAAAGGUCAAAUGCGUCUUCUUUACAGACGGCAUCAUUAAGAACCAAACUCUCCUUACCCUUCUACUCCAGGAAAAAAACCGCUACAAAGAUUUAGAGCUUCAACCGCUUCCAUCUGGUGUUCAAUUCGGGCAACGCUUUCUAAAUUCCAUCAAAUGGGCCACGGCCAAAUUUGACUUUAAAUAUUUUCUCAAACUGGAUGACGACUAUUUUGUUUGUCUAAAAAGACUCCUAUUUGAACUUCCUUCGCGACCGAAGCGCAAUCUUGUAUGGGGAAGUUUUCAUUGUGAGUUUGGAAUUUCUUGGGCAGACGAAGCAUUCGUAAUAUUCUCUGCUGACAUGAUCCGCAAAUUCUUGAUGCAAGAUAAGAAAAAGAUGCUCUGUCACCCAUUUGCUGACCAACAGUUUAGUAUUUGGAUGAAACAUAUGACUAAGCUUUAUUUUCAUGACACAAGGCUUCACCAUGACCCACCAGCUUCCUUUACGCCUGAAUUUAAAGAAAUGAAAAACCUAUGUGACUCGUAUAUUGGAAUACAUGGUACAUACGUAGAAGAGAUGAGGAAGUUUGCGAAGGUUGCAAAUGAUGGCGCAAAAGAAGUAGAAACUUUCCCUAAAUUUUCAAGAUUCUGCCCAUUCAAAAACUUUGAUUAUCGAAAGUUUUCACCUAAGUAUUAUUUUCGUCCUAAACCUUGUAUACAGAAUCCCACUUGGAAGAAUUCUACAUUUACUGGUCGUGAAGACGAACACAUACUGCGUCAGGAUGAUCUAUAAGACGAAGAGCAUCGACUACCGGGGUUUUAUUUCUAAACGCCAGAGUUCCAAGUCUCAAGCACAGUUGAUGAAUAUGUGAUAAUCUCAAAAAAAGGUUUAAUUUAUGAAUUGCAAACCAGUUCUCAAGAAUAGUUUAAAACGCUUAUUCACAAGAUAGUGUUAAUAGCUUAAAAGAAGAGAAGGCCGUGAUAGACCUAUUUACCUAAUAAAUGUUAUUUUGAUAGAUUGAUUAAUUUAUAUUUAUUUUUUCCAAUUUAAGAACCAUUGUAGAAUAUAAGCUGGGCUGGUUACUUCAAAAUUUUAAACUACCGUGUAAACAAAAAUUUCUGUUCCCGUGCGCUGCGAAAAAUAUUCGCAGAGUAAUUAAUAGAAUAGCCACUGUUUGUAACUAAAAUGCGUUCGCUUAUUUUUCCUUACACAUAAUCUCUUCCCAUAGAUUCGCUUUUGCAGAGAUGCGUAUUUGCGCGAGGAAAGUUGGGGCGAGGGGUGAGAGGGUACUUGGAUUAUUUGCCCGUGCCGCUAGCCUCUCUCAACAUUGUUGUUGUGAUCCCAACUUAGUCACUCUCUUGAGCCUUUAAGGUAAUUCAUCUUAAAACAAACUGACGCAUUUAUUAAACUGAACACUUAAUUUUU